UGGCCCUGGAAGGGGGCGUGGAGGAGUGUCCUCUUUCGGUCCCCACCCUGGGCCUGGCUGAGCGAGCCCGGAGGGCUGUCUCCUCCCCUUCCCGCAGCUGCUGGUCUCUCCGCUCUCAAGCCGGAGGUCGGGACGCCGCGGCCAGGACUCUUUGGGCUCCUGGAGGGGACUCGCCCGGCCACCGCGAUGUCAGGAGCCGCCGGGGUCCUCCUGCUCCUGCUACUCUCAGGGGGCCUCGGGGGCGCUCAGAAGCAGCGGCCCCUGCAGCGGCGGCAGCCCCAGACGCACCAGCAAAGAGGUUUAUUCCCUGCUGUCCUGAACCUCGCUUCUAAUGCACUCAUCGUGACCAAUGCAACGUGUGGAGAAAGAGGCCCUGAGAUGUACUGCAAGCUGGUAGAGCACGUCCCUGGGCAGCCCGUGCGGAACCCCCAGUGUCGGGUCUGCAAUCAAAACAGCAGCAUUCCACACCAGAGACACCCAAUUACAAAUGCUAUCGAUGGCAAGAAUACUUGGUGGCAAAGCCCCAGCAUAAAGAACGGCAUCGAAUACCAUUAUGUGACAAUCACACUGGACUUGCAGCAGGUGUUCCAGAUUGCCUACGUGAUUGUCAAGGCAGCCAACUCCCCUCGUCCUGGAAACUGGAUUCUGGAGCGCUCACUGGACAACGUUGAGUACAAGCCCUGGCAAUAUCAUGCUGUGACCGACACGGAGUGUCUGACCCGCUACAGCAUUUAUCCUCGCACAGGUCCACCAUCCUACGCCAAGGACGACGAGGUCAUCUGCACUUCCUUCUAUUCCAAGAUCCACCCUUUGGAAAACGGAGAGAUUCACAUUUCUUUGAUCAAUGGGAGACCCAGUGCUGACGAUCCCUCUCCGGAACUGCUGGACUUCACCUCUGCCCGGUACAUUCGUCUGCGGCUGCAGAGGAUUCGCACCCUGAACGCCGACCUGAUGAUGUUCGCGCACAAAGAUCCGAGAGAGAUCGACCCCAUUGUCACCAGAAGGUAUUACUACUCUGUCAAGGAUAUUUCGGUCGGAGGGAUGUGCAUCUGCUAUGGUCAUGCCAGGGCUUGUCCGCUCGACCCAGCCACAAACAAAUCGCGCUGUGAGUGCGAGCACAACACCUGCGGUGAGAGCUGCGAUCGGUGCUGCCCGGGGUUCCACCAGAAGCCGUGGCGAGCGGGGACCUUCCUGACGAAAACAGAAUGCGAAGCAUGCAAUUGCCAUGGAAAAGCGGAAGAAUGCUACUACGAUGAAAAUGUUGCCAGAAGGAACCUGAGCUUAAACAUACACGGGAAGUACAUCGGAGGCGGGGUCUGCAUUAACUGCACGCAGAACACUGCCGGCAUCAACUGUGAGACGUGUAUUGAUGGUUUCUUCAGACCCAAAGGGGUAUCACCAAAUUAUCCGAGACCUUGCCAGCCUUGUCACUGCGAUCCAGUUGGUUCCUUCAGUGAAAUCUGUGUGAAGGACGAGAAAUCCGCUCGCCGAGGUCUGGCCCCUGGAUCCUGUCAUUGCAAACCUGGCUUUGGAGGGGUGAGCUGUGACCGGUGUGCCAGGGGCUAUACUGGCUACCCGGCCUGUCAAGCCUGUAACUGCAGUGGCGCGGGGAGCACCAACGAGGACCCUUGCGUUGGGCCAUGCGACUGCAAGGAGAACGUUGAAGGAGGAGACUGCAGCCGCUGCAAGUCCGGCUUCUUCAAUCUGCAGGAGGACAACCCUAGAGGCUGCGAUGAGUGCUUCUGCUCUGGUAUUUCAAACAGAUGUCAGAGCUCCUACUGGACCUACGGCAACAUACGUGACAUGAGAGGCUGGUAUUUGACUGACAUCUCCAGCAGUAUCCGAGUGGCCCCCCACCAGGACAACUCUGGAUCGCCCUACCAGGUCAGCAUCAGCAAUGCCGAGGCCCGGAAGACCCUGCCAGACAGCUACUACUGGAGCGCGCCAGCCCCCUACCUGGGCAACAAGCUCUCUGCAGUAGGAGGACAGUUGACAUUUACCAUCUCUUACGACCUUGAAGAGGAAGAGGAAGAUACGGAAAAUGCCCUUCAGCUGAUGGUGAUCUUAGAGGGAAAUGGCUUGCGAAUCAGCACAGCCCAAGAGGAGGUGUACCUACAACCAUCUGAAGAAUAUCUCAACGUCUUACCACUUAAAGAAGACUCAUUUACUAUCCAUGGCACAAAUUUCCCAGUCAGUAGAAAAGACUUCAUGACAGUGCUGGCAAACCUGAGGAGAGUCCUCAUUCAGAUCACUUACAGCUUUGGGAUGGAUGCCAUCUUCAGGUUGCGGGAUGUCAGCCUGGAGUCUGCUGUCCCCUCUCCAACCGAUGGAAGUGUGGCUGCUGCUGUGGAGGUCUGCCAGUGCCCACCGGGCUACAGCGGCUCCUCCUGUGAGUCCUGUUGGCCCAGGCACAGAAGGGUGAAUGGCACGACGUUUGGUGGCAUCUGUGAACCCUGUCAGUGCUUCAGUCAUGCGGAAUCCUGUGACGACGUCACUGGAGAAUGUCUGAACUGUAAGGAUCACACAGGUGGGCCCUAUUGCAAUGUAUGUCUUCCUGGUUUCUAUGGCGAUCCUACUCAAGGGACCUCUGAAGAUUGCCAGCCCUGUGCCUGUCCACUCAAUGUCCCAUCCAAUAACUUUAGCCCGACCUGCCAUUUAGACCCGAGUCUUGGAUUGAUCUGUGAUGAAUGCCCUGCGGGGUACACAGGACCACGCUGUGAGAGGUGUGCGGAAGGCUAUUUUGGACGCCCUUCUGUACCUGGAGGAUCAUGUCAGCCCUGUCAGUGCAAUGACAACCUUGACUUCUCCAUCCCUGGCAGCUGUAACAGCUUGUCUGGCUCCUGUCUGAUAUGUAAGCCGGGUACAACAGGCCAGCGCUGCGAGCUCUGUGCGGAAGGCUAUUUCGGAGACGCUGUGGACGCCAAGAACUGUCAGCCUUGCCGUUGCAACGCCAACGGCUCUACCUCUGAGAUCUGCGAUAGCCGCACAGGACAGUGCAAGUGCAGACCCAACGUGCAGGGCCGGCAGUGUGAAAAGUGCAAGCCUGAGACCUUUGGCUUGCAAUCUGGAAGGGGCUGUGUUCCCUGCAACUGUAAUUCUUUUGGGUCCAAAUCAUUCGACUGUGAAGAGAGCGGCCAAUGUUGGUGCCAGCCUGGAGUCGCAGGGAAGAAGUGUGACCACUGUGCCCGUGGCUACUUCAACUUCCAAGAGGGAGGCUGCACAGCCUGUGACUGUGCCCAUCUGGGUAACAACUGUGACCCCCAGACAGGACAGUGCAUCUGUCCUCCCAACACCAUUGGAGAGAGGUGCUCUGAGUGUGCGCCCCACACCUGGGGCCACAGCAUUGUCACCGGCUGCCAGGCUUGUAACUGCAGUGCAGUGGGGUCCUUGAGUUUCCAGUGCAACACACACACAGGCCAGUGUGACUGCCGCCCACAGUUCUCUGGUGCGAAAUGUACAGCGUGCACACCAGGUCACUGGAACUAUCCUCACUGUGUUCUCUGUGACUGCUUCCUGCCGGGGACAGAGGCUGCGACCUGUGACUCAGACACUAAGAGAUGCUCCUGUUGGGAUCAAACUGGGCAGUGCAGUUGCAAGGUGAACGUGGAAGGCAUCCGCUGCGACAGGUGCCAGCCAGGCAAAUUUGGACUUGAGGCCAAGAACCCACGUGGCUGCAGCAGCUGCUACUGCUUCGGUGUCACCAGCCAGUGCUCUGACGCCCAAGGACUGGUCCACAAGCGGGUGACGCUGGGGGCGGAGCAGACCCUCCUGCCCCUGGUGGACGAGGCGCUGCAGCACACAACGACCAAAGGCAUCGCCUCCCAGCCCCCGGAGAUCGUGGCAGACAUGAAGCUGGUGGGGCAGGAUCUGCACUUGGAGCCUUUUUAUUGGAAACUCCCGGAACAAUUUGAAGGAAAGAAGUUGAUGGCUUACGGAGGUAAACUCAGGUACACCAUUUAUUUUGAAGCCCGGGAAGAGACGAGCUUCUCUACAUACAAACCUCAAGUCAUCAUUCGGGGUGGGACCCCCACUCAAGCGAGAAUCAUCGUGACACAUGUGGCUGCGCCCCUCAAUGGCCAACUGACGAGGCAUGAAAUUGAAAUGACAGAGAAAGAAUGGAACUAUUACGGCGAUGACCCUCGAGUCGGUAGAACCGUGAGCCGAGAAGACUUCAUGGACACCCUAUAUGACAUCCACUAUAUUCUCAUCAAGGCUACCUAUGGGAAUAUCAUGCGACAAAGCAGGAUUUCUGAAAUCUCGAUGGAGGUGGCUGAGCUAGGACAUGUUACAGCAGCGACUCCUCCUGCUCUCCUGAUAGAAAAAUGUGACUGUCCCUCCGGCUAUUCUGGCUUUUCCUGUGAGACGUGCUCCCCAGGAUUCUAUCGGCUGCGUCCUGAGCCAGGUGGCCACAGCCAAGGACCCACCCUCGGCACGUGCGUCCCCUGUCAGUGUCAUGGGCAUAGUAACCUGUGUGACCCUGAAACCUCCAUCUGCCAGGACUGUCAGCAUCACACUGCUGGUGACUUCUGUGAACGAUGUGCGCCGGGAUUUUAUGGAAUUGUCAAGGGUUUGCCGAGCGACUGUCAGCAGUGUGCUUGCCCUCUGAUUUCUCCCAGCAACAAUUUCAGUCCUUCUUGUGCUGCCGAGGGCCUGGAUGACUAUCGCUGCACCGCAUGUCCGCGUGGCUAUGACGGCCAGUACUGUGAAAGGUGCGCGCCCGGCUACGCCGGCAGCCCCAGCAGCCCUGGAGGGUCCUGCCAAGAAUGUGAGUGUGAUCCGUAUGGCUCGCUGCCCGUGCCCUGCGACCCGGCCACGGGCGUCUGCAUGUGCCGUCCUGGAGCCACGGGGCGCAAGUGUGACGGCUGCGUGCCCGGCCAUGCACGCGAGGGUGCCGCGUGUGUCUUUUGUGGAGACGAAUGCACGGGCCUUCUUCUCGGUGACCUGGCCCGCCUGCAGCAGGUGGCUGAGAGCAUCAACCUCACCGGCCCCCUGCCUGCUCCCUAUAAAAUCCUGCAUGGUCUGGAGAACAGCACUCAGGAGCUAAAGCACCUGCUCUCACCCCAGCGGGCCCCGGAAAGGCUCAUCCACCUGGCAGAAGGCAACCUGAACACGCUGGUGACAGAAAUGAAUGAGCUUCUGACCAGGGCCACCAAAGUGACAGCAGAUGGCGAGCAAACUGGACAGGACGCCGAAAGGACGAGCACGAGAGCGAAGUCCUUAGGAGAAUUCAUUAAGGAGCUUGUCCAGGAUGCAGAAGGUGUAAAUGAAAAAGCUAUAAAACUUAAUGAAACUCUGGAAACUCAAGACAAAGACUUUGACAGAAAUUUGCAAGAGCUUCAGAAAGAGAUUGAUCAGAUGAUGAGUGAACUGAGACGGAAGAAUCUAGAGGCACAAAAGGAAGUUGCAGAAGAUGAGCUGGUAGCUUCGGAGGGGCUGCUGAUGAAGGUGAACAAGCUCUUUGGUGAGUCCAGGCGCAAGAAUGAGGCAAUGGAGAAGGACCUGCGAGAGAGGCUGGCUGACUACAACGACACACUUGAUGCCGCGUGGGACCUGCUGAGAGAUGCCACGGAUAAAAUCAGAGAAGCAAACCGCUUAUCUGCCACCAACCAGAACAACAUGACUGCUCUGGAGAAAAAGAAGGAGGCUGUGGAAAGUGGCAAGCGACAAAUUGAGAACACUCUGAAAGAGGGCAAUGACAUACUUGGGGAAGCCAACCGACUUGCAGAGGAAAUUAGCUCCAUCAAAGAAUACGUUGAAGACAUUCAGACUAAAUUGCCGCCCAUGUCAGAGGAGCUUACAGAGAAAAUAAAUGAACUCUCGCAAGCAAUCAAGGACAGGAAGCUGGCCGAGAAGGUGUCCCAAGCAGAGACCCACGCAGCUCAGUUGAACGACUCCUCUGCUGUCCUUGAUGGGAUCCUUGAUGAGGCUAAGAACAUCUCCUUCAAUGCCACCGCAGCCUUCAAUGCUUACAGCAAUAUUAAGAACUACAUUGAGGAAGCUGAGAAAGUUGCCGCUGAAGCCAAAGGUCUUGCGCAGGAAGCCACAAAACUGGCAACGAGUCCUCCGGGGUUGUUAAAGGAAGAAGCCAAAGGCUCUCUUCAAAAGAGCUUCCGGAUCCUUAAUGCGGCCAAGAAGUUAGCAAAUGACGUAAAGGAAAAUGAUGAACAUCUAAAUGGCUUGACAACCAGGUUAGAAAGUGCUGAGGCUGGAAACGCCGAGCUCCUGCUAGCUUUGAAUGACACUUUCGGGAAGUUAUCUGCCAUUCCAAACGGCACAGCCGCUAAACUGCAAGCUGUUAAGGACAAAGCCAGACAAGCCAAUGACACAGCCAAAGAUGUACUGGCCCAGAUUAAAGACCUCCACCAGGAUCUUGACGGCCUGAAGAAGAAUUACAAUAAACUAGCAGACAGUGUGGCCGAAACGAAUGCGGUAGUAAAAGACCCCUCCAAGAACAAAAUCAUUACAGAUGCAGAUGCCACUGUGAAGAAUCUAGAAAAAGAAGCUGAUCGGCUCCUAAACGAACUCAAACCCAUCAAGGAACUUGAGGAUAACCUAAAGAAAAACAUCUCUGAAAUAAAAGAGCUAAUAAAUCAAGCCCGGAAGCAAGCCAAUUCUAUCAAAGUGUCUGUCUCGUCGGGAGGUGACUGCAUUCGAACGUACAAGCCAGAAAUCAAGAAAGGAAGCUACAAUAAUAUUAUUAUCAACGUUAAGACAGCCGUUGCCGACAAUCUCCUUUUUUAUCUUGGGAGUGCCAAAUUUAUUGACUUUCUGGCUAUAGAAAUGCGGAAAGGCAAAGUAAGCUUCCUAUGGGAUGUUGGCUCUGGAGUUGGCCGGGUGGAGUAUCCCGAUUUGACUAUUGAUGACUCCUAUUGGUAUCGAAUUGAAGCAUCAAGAACGGGGAGAAAUGGAUCCAUCUCUGUGAGAGCCCUGGAUGGGCCCAAAGCCAGCAUUAUGCCCAGUACCUACCACGCGGCGUCUCCCCCAGGCUAUACCAUCCUCGAUGUGGACGCAAAUGCAAUGCUGUUUGUCGGAGGUUUGACUGGAAAAUUGAAGAAGGCUGAUGCUGUACGUGUGAUUACCUUCACUGGCUGUAUGGGAGAAACGUACUUUGACAGCAAGCCUAUAGGUUUAUGGAAUUUCCGAGAAAUAGAAGGUGACUGCAAAGGCUGCACUGUCAGUCCUCAGGUGGAAGAUAGCGAAGGGACUAUCCAGUUUGAUGGAGAAGGUUAUGCACUGGUCAGUCGCCCCAUUCGCUGGUACCCUAAUAUCUCUACUGUCAUGUUCAAGUUCCGGACAUUUUCAUCAAGCGCUCUCCUGAUGUACCUUGCUACACGAGACCUGAAAGAUUUCAUGAGUGUAGAGCUCGCGGAUGGGCGCAUAAAAGUCAGCUAUGAUCUGGGUUCAGGAAUGGCUUCCGUUGUCAGCAAUCAAAACCAUAAUGAUGGGAAAUGGAAAUCAUUCACCCUGUCAAGAAUACAGAAACAAGCCAACAUAUCAAUUGUAGAUACUGAUACUAACCAGGAAGAGAACAUAGCAACUUCAUCUUCUGGAAACAACUUUGGUCUUGAUUUGAAAGCUGAUGACAAAAUAUAUUUUGGUGGUCUGCCAACCCUGAGGAACUUAAGUAUGAAAGCCAGGCCAGAAGUCAAUGUGCGAAAAUAUUCUGGAUGCCUCAAAGAUAUUGAAAUUUCGAGAACGCCGUACAAUAUCCUCAGCAGCCCUGAUUACGUUGGUGUUACCAAAGGUUGUUCGCUGGAGAAUGUUUACACAGUGAGCUUCCCCACGCCUGGUUUUGUGGAGCUUGCUCCUGUGCCCUUCGAUGUAGGAACGGAAAUCAAUCUCUCCUUCAGCACAGAGAACGAAUCGGGGAUCAUCCUCCUGGGAAGUGGGGGAUCCCCAGUACCACCCAGGAGAAAACGAAGGCAGACUGGACAGGCGUACUAUGCCAUCCUCCUCAACAAAGGCCGGCUGGAAGUGCAUCUCUCCACUGGGACCCGGACAAUGAGGAAAAUUGUCAUCAAACCAGAGCCAAGUCUGUUUCAUGAUGGGAGAGAACAUUCCGUUCAUGUGGAGAGAACACGGGGCAUCUUCACUGUUCAAGUGGAUGAAGACCGAAGACAUAUGCAAAAUCUGACAGUAGAGCACCCCAUUGAAGUGAAAAAGCUCUUUGUGGGAGGAGCUCUGCCUGAAUUUCAACCUUCCUCACUCCAAAAUAUCCCUCCUUUUGAAGGCUGUGUGUGGAAUCUUGUUAUUAACGCUGUGCCCAUGGACUUUGCACGGCCUAUAUCCUUCAAAAAUGCGGACAUCGGUCGCUGUGCCCAUCAGCGGGCUGGGGUGGAUGAAGAGGGAGCCGUUCCAGCUGAAAUAGUCAUCCAGCCUGAGCCUGUGGCCACCCCCGCCUUGCCUCCACCCACCCCCACUCCGGCGCAGGGUCCUUGUGCUGCAGAAUCAGAGCCAGCCCUUUUGCUGGGGAGCAAGCAGUUUGGGCUCUCGAGAAAUAGUCACAUUGCAAUUGCAUUUGAUGACACCAAAGUUAAAAACCGCCUCACAAUUGAGUUGGAAGUGCGAACUGAGGCCGAGUCAGGCUUGCUUUUUUACAUGGCCCGGAUCAAUCAUGCUGACUUUGCUACUGUUCAGCUGAGAGACGGACAGCCUCACUUCCGCUACGACCUGGGGAGUGGGGACACCAGCACUAUGAUCCCCGCCAAAAUCAACGAUGGCCAGUGGCACAAGAUUAAGAUUAUGAGAAAUAAGCAAGAGGGAAUUCUUUAUGUAGACGAUGCCUCCAACAGAACCACCAGUCCCAAGAAGGCCGACAUCCUGGACGUGGUGGGAAUGCUGUAUGUUGGAGGGUUACCUGUCAACUACACGACUCGAAGAAUUGGUCCAGUGACCUACAGCAUUGAUGGCUGCAUAAGGAGCCUGCGCAUGGAAGAGGCCCCUGUUGAUAUUGAACAGCCGACCUCCAGCUUCCACGUGGGGACCUGUUUUGUGAAUUCCCAGAGAGGAGCCUACUUUGAUGGAACAGGCUUUGCCAGAGCAGUUGGUGGAUUUAAAGUGGGAUUGGACCUUCUCGUGGAAUUUGAAUUCCGCACAACCAGAACCACGGGGGUUCUGCUAGGGAUCAGCAGUCAGAAAAUGGACGGGCUGGGCCUGGAGAUGGUCGAUGGAAAGCUCAUGUUUCACGUGGACAAUGGCGCCGGCCGUUUCACUGCAGUCUAUGAUGCUGGCGUCCCGGGGCAUUUGUGUGACGGGCAGUGGCAUAAAGUCACUGCCAACAAGGUCAAGCACCGCCUUGAGCUCACGGUCGAUGGGAACCAGGUGCAGGCCCAGAGCCCCAACCCAGCCUCUACAUCAGCCGAUACCAAUGACCCUGUGUUUGUUGGAGGUUUCCCGGAUGGCCUCAAGCAGUUUGGCCUGACCACCAGCGUCAGAUUCCGAGGCUGCAUCCGAUCCCUGAAGCUCACCAAAGGCACAGGCAAACCGCUGGAGAUUAACUUUGCCAAGGCCCUGGAACUAAAGGGUGUUCAACCUGUAUCGUGCCCAGCCAACUAAUCAAACACUUAAUUCCAGAUGAGUCCAUGAAAGGAAGUAGAUCACUUAGAAUAAAUAUGCUUUGCCUAUGUAUUUUAAUGAAACUAAUUUGUGCACGUAUGUAGAACUCUUUCUAUAUUCAGGUAGUGUUAAUUCAGAUCCUGGUUGACUUUUAAUUCAAAUUUUUUCUUCAGUUUAUGAAUAUUAAACCAAUUAUUCUAAACAAUGGCUUGUUUUGUUGAUUUUAAGGAUUAAAAAAUUGUAAAUGAUCAAAUUUGCAAUAUUCCAUGGGGUCAUCUCGAGCUCAGAAAAAUGUGAGGGCAACUGUUUUCAAACUUGCUCCUACUAAUACUUUGAUCAUUCUUUUCCAUGAAUGUUGGCUUUAGCUUUCGGUCCAAGCCACAGAAAACAAGUGGAUUUGGCAUAUGUGGCUGGGAGGAAAUCACCCUAUGUUUGUAAAAGCAUUAGCAAAUCAUUUCCUUGAUCCAAGUUCAUUAUUUGAGAGUUUAACUGUCUGUAGGAGUGAAUACUAUUUUAUGCUGAAGGUGGCUAGUAUAGAUCAGAUUCAGGCCAGAGAGCUUAAUUACUUGGUUUUCUUGUUUAAUAAUGAUUUAUAGGCUUUGGGGAGAUUCUAGAACCAAGCUGCAGAAUGACAAUUAAGCACACAUCUGAUACUACACGUCAGGCUUCAGGCUCUCAGAUAGUGAAUUUCAGCAUCUGUGCCACCAGAGAGGAAUCUUGCUGAAAUGUGUUUUUUAUUUACCAGGACCCAGGCCACCAGAAAUUUUGAAGGUGCACUUCACCGAGUCUUCCUGAGUUCUAAUUUGGCCUGCCAAAUUCCUCUCCUGAAAUUAUACCAUUUUGCUCAUCUUUUGUUAUUUCAGUCAUCUCCCAAGCAGUCUAUGGCCUAGAUUGUAUUCAUCAACUUAAGAAUGAAACAUUUUAUUUGCCAUCUUCAGAAGAAAUGAUCAGAAGCUAGUACUGUAGAAUAUUUCAAAGGACAGUUGACUUCCCUUGCUAUGGAAAUUUUUGGGAAAGGGAAAUAAUCUUCUAGCUCGGUGAUCUCCAGUGGGGGGAAGGAGGAGCGAGUUCCCAUCUGGACGCUGGCCAACGCAUUCUUGCUGUCUCUCCACUGGCCAGCCACUCAACCCAGCUUGUCCACACAACUCCAUGCUAGGCCCAGGAAUUCCCAUUGUUGACUCACAUUUUCAGAAAAUUGCUGAGAAAUUUAAAAAGAGAAAAAAAAGAAGAGCUACUUGUUGUUCCUGAUGUAGCCAUUCUAAUUUGGAUGAGCUGUAGCCUGGCCAUGAGGCUACAGAGCCUUCCUAAGCAGUUCUAACAUGAUAUUAUCAACAAUGGAAUGUACUAUUUUAAAGAGAAAAAUUAUCUGCCAGAUGGAACAUUUUUAUAGUCAUCUGAUAAUCCUAUUGUUAGCUUUAUCUUGACCAUUUCCACACAUAUAAAAUAUAUUGAAGGAUAGUGAGUCUUUACUCAACCUCUGACCAAUA